AUGAAACAGUUGACAGCUUUAAUUCCAAAAGUGCCAUCUCCUAUAGCUCAACUUUCUAUCUUUGGUUGGCUAAUUCUUGGUCCAGUAGCACCAAAUUCAUCAGUCAAUCACUAUCAUAUUCAUCAUGCUACUACAAUCACGAACUAUGAAGACAUUCAAGAGUUGCUGACAAAAUUCUGGGUCCAAGAAGAAGUUCCGAUGUCAAAUCAACAUCAAUUAUCAUCCUUGGACCAACAAUGUGAAGAUUUCUUCAAAUCAACUCACUCUAGACAUUCAUCAGGACGAUACAUUGAAGAACUCGGUCAUAUGAGACCCGCUCCAACACACAAUCAAGAUUCUCAAGACAUUCAUCCAUACUUUCUCCCUCAUUAUGGGGUAUUAAGACCAAGUAGCACUACUACCGAGCUUAGAGUCGUCUUCAAUGGAUCCAGCCCGAGCUCAACUGGAGUUUCAUUGAAUGACAUCACUUACACCGGAGCUAAAAUUCAAUUAGACAUCUUUGACGUACUUCUUUGGGUCCGUCAACAUCAAUACGUAUUCGCAACUGACAUAACAAAAAUGUAUCGUCAAAUAAUGGUUCAUCAUGAAGAUUGGAAGCUUCAACAAAUUCUUUGGCUAGAUAAUCACAACAAAAUCAUUCCAUAUCAACUCACAACAGUAACCUACGGCACUAGAUCAGCUCCUUAUCUAGCAGUCCGCGUGUUACUGCAAUUAGUAGAGGAUGAAGGCCAUAAAUAUCCAAAAGCAACUCAGACAAUCAUUGAAGGCAGACAUGUCGACGACAUAUUUGGAGGAGCAGAUUCUCCAGAAGAAUUAAUUCAAGUUGCUGAAAAAUUCAUCUACUUGUGA